AUGAUUAAGUCUAGUUUUUCAAAACAGGCACUUCGUAUGGUAUCUACGACCCAUUUCGGGUCAAAGACUGUUCCAGUUGAUCAAAAAGCUAAAUUAGUAGGCCAUGUAUUUUCUUCAGUGGCUUCAAAAUAUGAUUUAAUGAAUGAUAUUAUGUCUUUGGGGAUUCAUAGACUAUGGAAAGAUCAUUUCAUUAAUAAAUUGGACCCCGGUAUGAGACCAGGUUCUAAUGAACCAUUGAAUUUCUUAGAUGUUGCUGGUGGUUCAGGAGAUAUUGCAUUUGGUAUAUUAGAUUAUGCAAAGACUAAAUUCGGUGAUAUUCAAUCAACUAUGGAUGUUGUCGAUAUUAACCCAGAUAUGCUGAAAGAAGGUGAACGACGUGCAUUGGAUCAAGGUCGUUAUUUUGAAGAUCCAAGAGUUAGGUUUAUGGUCCAAGAUGGUGAGAAUUUAGAUUCAAUUGAAUCUAAUUCAAAAGAUGUUUACACCGUAAGUUUUGGUAUUAGAAAUUUUACUAAUAUUCAACGUGGUUUAGAAACCGCUCAUAGAGUAUUGAAACCAGGCGGUAUCUUUUAUUGUUUAGAAUUUUCAAAAAUUGAAAAUCCUUUAAUGGAUAUGGCUUAUCAACAAUGGGCAAAAGCUUUACCUGUAUUUGGUUCAAUUGUCGCUAACGAUUAUGAUUCUUAUCAAUAUCUAGUCGAAUCCAUCGAAAGGUUCCCAGAUCAAGAAACUUUUAAAUCAAUGAUACAGGAUGCUGGAUUUCAAGCUGCUGGGUAUGAAAGUUUAACUUCUGGGAUUUGUGCCAUUCAUUGGGGUAUUAAAGUUUAA